CUCUUUUCAUCAGUUAUUAAUAUAAUAUCUCUGACAAGAGAGGGGUCUUAGAAAAUUUCAUCAUAUAUAUAUAUCUUGGCCUCCAUUUGCAAAGAGACAGUUUUUGUGUGUUUUGUCACGAUCAUUGGAUGCACGUGUAAGCCCAGAAGGUUAUAAUUCUUCUAUUCUGAUUUCUGGUUUCUGAUUUCGGAUUAUCAGUCGGGUUUUUUCUUUUCUGUAUUUAAUUCCCAAAACCCAAAAGCCAAAAAUGAGCACACAGCUGAUUAUAUAUUCUGCGGAUUAUGGCCUGUAAACUAAUGCUAAUAAUUUACAGUGUAAAUUUAAUCCUAAUUGUUUAUAUAUAAAUAGUGUGUGUUGUUGAUACCCAUCUGCUUCCACCUUCGUCAGUUUCUUCCUCCUCUUCUACCCUCCAUCUCUCUCCUACUUUGUAAGCCUCUGCUUUUUUCCCUUUUUUUUCCCCCCUCUUCUCCAUUUCUCCCUGCAAAUUUUGGUUCAUUUUUUUUUCUAGUUUAUUGGAAAACAUAGCAUACUACUGAUCUUCCUGUUAGUAUGCUGUAGAAUUUCAAGAAUUUUGUUGUGUAUGUUUCAAGUUCUGAUCUUUAUGAGUGGGAUUUUUUUCAGUGUGGUGUAAUGUGAAUUGGGAAGGUGUUUUUGAUCUGGGUUUUGUGAGGAAAGUUUGUAUCUUUUUGCAUUUUCUCUAUUUGCAUGUAUUGGAAUUUCUUGAUAGGAUUAAUGGGUUCUUGAUCCCUUCUUGAUCAACGUUUUAUUUCCUUCAAGACUUUGAUACUUGAACUCUACAUGCAGUGUUUUAUCAAGAUUUCUUAACUACUUGUGUUUGUUGGGUCUCAAAGCUUGCAUUUUGGUUUUGAUUUUGUCUGUAGAAUCAGUUUGGUGCUUAUAACUUUUGGUGCAUUAAGGCAAGAUUUUUUUUUUUUUUCCCGUCCAAUUGUCAUUUUCAGUCAUGAUCAGCUACAAUUGCGUGCCUCUCUUUAUCUUUAAUUGGAAAGGUUAUAGCUAACUUGUAAUGCGCGAUUUAUAAUUAGCAAAAUUGAUGUUAUAUAUUUCAUUUGGGUUGAUUUUUGCUCCUGUUGUUUUUCAUUAUGCAGUGGGGCUGAAUUCAGUGUGUUCUUUCAGAAUCAUGGCUCUUCCUGGGGUUAAGAAAGAUGGAAGAGAAGUGAAAAUUUAUGAGAAUGCAGAUGAACUGAGCACUGAUUUGGCAGACUAUGUUGCGGAAUUAUCUGAGGCUUCUGUGAAGGAGCGGGGAGUCUUUGCUGUCGCUUUGUCUGGUGGCUCUCUCAUCAGUUUGAUGAGUAAACUCUGCGAGGCUCCUUAUAGUAAGACUGUUGAUUGGGCAAAAUGGUAUAUCUUUUGGGCCGAUGAACGUGUGGUGGCAAAGAAUCACGCAGAUAGUAACUAUAAGCUGGCAAAAGAUGGGCUUCUGUCUAAGGUGCCUUUUGUUCCCAGUCAUGUACACUCUAUCAACGACACAGUCUCAGCUGAAAAAGCCGCUGAGGACUAUGAAUUUGUCAUCAGACAGCUUGUGAGGACACGUGUGAUCAGUGUCUCCGAUAUCAGUGACUGCCCCAAGUUUGACCUAAUCCUGUUGGGAAUGGGUCCAGAUGGGCAUGUUGCAUCCCUAUUUCCCAAUCACCCUGUGCUUGAGGAAAAAGAAGAAUGGGUGACUUUCAUCACCGAUUCUCCCAAGCCUCCACCAGAGAGAAUCACCUUUACUUUGCCUGUAAUCAACUCAGCCUCCAAUGUGGCUGUGAUUGUCACUGGUAGUAGCAAAGCAGAGACUGUUCAUUUGGUAAUUGAUGAUGUUGAGCCUGACAAACCGUCAUUGCCUGCAAAGAUGGUGCAGCCAACCAAGGGGAAUUUGGUUUGGUUUCUGGACAAGGAAGCUGCAUCAAAGCUUGACGGUUCAAAAUUUUCCCAGUAGGGCCUGACAUUGCUUGCCGAACUGUAUGUUUGUAUGUAGUCAAGGAUAUGCAACGGUUGAUUCACAGCUUCCUUUAGGGUUCUUUGAUGGUUUUAUUCCUUCUAUUUAGACAGUUAAAAGGGAGCUCUUAGUGUCGGAUUAGUCGCCUCCCCAUUUUUUGGCUUGCAUAUUUCUUGGAGGGGGUUUCUUAAGUGUGAUUAUGCUGUUGUUAGAGAAAGCAAUAAUAAUGGAUCUUAACCCAGAACAAAAUCCUUGUUUUGGUGACGUUUAGGAAUACUAAAAGGUCAGAAAUUGCCUUGAAAGCCAGAGUUCUGAUAGUUAUUCUUUCGCAGAUAGUUUAAUAAUCAAAACGAUAGUCGCAAUAUCAUCAAAAAGCUCAUCGGAGCUACCUCAAUCGGUGUGAUAGCACUUUUCUAUGCAGAUCGUGCUGGUAGACAAUCACGUUCCUAACAUAGU